AGGAGAGGCGCUCAGCCCUCUCCACUGAGAAAGGCACAAACUCCAGUUGUCUUCCAGUCAUUUCCAGAAUUUUAUCCCAGAGUCACAAAGAAAUACCUAAUACUUUCCUAGGAUGGCAUCCAUUGACCUGAGGUCAUUUACCGAAGGGACUGUGUUAAGCAUUCAUAACAUCUGCUAUCGAGAAAAAGUGAAGAGUGGCUCUCUACUUUGCCGGAGAACAUCUGAGAGAGAAAUAUUAACAAAUAUCAAUGGGAUCAUGAAACCUGGCCUUAAUGCUAUCAUGGAAUGCACAAGUGGAGACAAAUCUUUGUUGCUGGACGUCUUAGCUGCAAGGAAAGAUCCAAGUGGAUUAUCUGGAGAUAUUUUGAUCAAUGGAGCGCCUCGACCUGCCAAUUUCAAAUGUAAUUCAAGUUUUGUGGUUCAAGAUGAUAUCUUGCUGGACACCCUGACAGUGAGAGAAAACUUACAUUUCUCAGCAGCUCUUCGACUUCCAACAACUGUGACAAAACAUGAAAAAGAUGAACGGAUUAAGAAGGUCAUUGAUGAGUUAGAUCUGGAGGAAGUGGCUGAUUCCAAGGUUGAAUCUAGAAAAGAAAGAAUAAAGACCAGUAUAGCAAUGGAGCUGAUCACUGAUCCUUCCAUCUUGUUCCUGGAUGAGCCGACAAAGGGUUUAGACUCGAGCACCGCAAAUGCUGUCUUUUUGCUCCUGAAAAAGAUUUCUGAGCAGGGACGAACAAUCAUCUUCUCCUUUCAUGAGCCUCAGAAUUCCAUCUUCAAGCUGUUCGACAGCCUCACCAUAUUGGCCUCAGGAAGGCUAAUGUUCCAUGGUCCAGCGCAAGAAGCUUUGGAGUACUUUGCAUCAGCAGGUUACCAUUGUGAGCCCCACAACAACCCUUUAGACUUCUUCCAGGACAUCCUGAAUGGAUACUCCCCUGCUGUGGUAGUAAACAACGAGGAAGUCUGUGAAGCCCAUGAAACUGAACAGCUGUUAACGAGACAGUCCUCAGUGAUCAAAGGAUUAGCUCAGUUUUAUGCUGAAUCCCGCUUCUACAGAGAAACAGAAACGGAAUUAGAGAGACUUUCAGGUGUUGACAAUUACAGGAGGUCGGCCUUCAAGGAGAUCACCUAUGGCACCACCUUCUGCCACCAGGUCACAUGGAUUAUCUGGCGUUCGUUCAAAAACUGGCUGGGUCAUCUCCAGCCCUGGAUAGUUCAGAUAAUCAUCGCACUGAUACUGGGACUGGUGAUAGGUUUCGCUUUCCUUAGACUGAAAAAUGGUUGUACUGAAAUCCAGAAUAGAGCCUGGUCACUCUAUGUGCUGACUGUCUUCCAGUGUGUCACUAGUGUUUUAACCAGGGAGAUCUUCUUGAUGGAGAGGAAUCUUUUUAUACACGAGUGCAUCAGUGGAUACUACAGAGUGUCAUCUUACUUCUUUGGAAAACUGUUCUUUGAUUUACUGCUCAGGAGGUUUUUUCCAAGUUUUGUAUUUACUUUGGUGCUCUACUUUAUGUUAGGGUUGAAAUGGGGGAUAACAUCUUUCCUCAUCAUAAUGAUUAUUGCUUUGAUGGUGGCUUAUUCCACCACUGCCAUGAUCCUGGCUGUAGGAACGCGUGAGAAUGCAGCAUCUGGAAGAACACUUUUGGUGACCAUCUACUUUGUGUUUACGCUGGUUUUCUUGGGUAUGUCAUUGAAUUUUGGAACCAUGACAUCUCAGCUCUCAUGGCUUCAGUACUUCAGUAUUCCUCAUUAUGGCUAUAUGGCUUUGCAGCAUAAUGAAUUUUUGGAACAAAAUUUCUGUUCAGGACUCAAUACAACAGUAGGCAACUGCCGUCCCAGCUCUGUGAUAUGUACUGGUGAAGAAUUCUUGAUAAUCCAGGGAAUCGAUCUCUCACCUUGGAGCUUAUGGAAGAACCUCCUGAGUUUGGCUUUUAUGAUGAUUAUCUGCCUCACAAUUACCUACCUAAAGUUGUUAUUUCUUAAUAAACAUUCUUAAAUUCCUCUUUACUAUGAAUUACCCUGACAUUAAAAAAGAGCACCUUGAUUUAUUUUAAAUAUUCAGUAAAGAUUUUAUAUUACUUUC